AUGCCUUUCCAGGUCCCGCCCAAGGUGCUGGCGCAGGACCAGCGCGAGGCGAAUUACAAGCAGUUCAAGAAGAUCCGCGAGGAGAAGGGCACAAAGAAGACGCGGCGCAUGACCGCCAUCAUCAUGGUGAAGUUCCCCCCGGGCAGCCGCAUCUACAAGUACGCGAAGCACAUGCUGCAGACCUGGCAGCAUCGCAGCCUGGAGGAGCUGCUGGAAGACGCGAGAGACGAGCUCAUGGUCUUCGAGUCAGAGUCUGAAGGGGGGGAGUAG